AAAACCACCAGGCAUCAUCACCUCACCACCCAUCCCGCCCCGAUACGAGAGAGGGAGGAGAGAGAGAGAGAGAGUGGGGACGGGUGUGCUGAGAGCCUGAGACAUGGCCCCCACCGCCCUCCUCCUCGUCGUCCUCGCCGUCGCCGCCCUCCACGCCCCCGCCGCCAACGCCGCGUUGUCCCAGGAGCCACCAGCGACCCCGUGCGCGGCGGCCAUCGUGUCCUUCUCGCCGUGCCUGGCGCACGUCGCGGUGGUGGCGCCGCCCGCCCUGCCCUCGCCCGCGCCCACCAGCGCCUGCUGCGCGGCGUUCCUGCGCGCCGUUUCCGCCGGGGACGGCGAAGGCGGCGGAGGGGAGGGAUGCCUCUGCCACCUGCUCCGCGACCCGCUCCUCCUCGGCUUCCCCGUCGACGCCGCGCGCCUCGGCGCUCUCCUCCCCACCUGCGCCUCCGCGAAAACCUCCGCCGCCACGGCCGUCGAGGCCGAGGCCCUCUUCGCCGACAAGUGCCGAGAGCUCAAGUCACUGCCUGAGAUGCAUUUUACACCUCCAUCGCCACCUCCCGCACCAAAACUUUCUCCAGCUGCCGUUCCAGAACCAGCGUCCCCGACUCCGAAGAUGGAGGAGCAUUCGACCUCGACGACGUCCAUGUCGGAUGAUCGGUCGGGAUCUGAUGCCUUGUGUGCCUGCCGGGUCUUCCUUGUGGCCUUGGUCUUGGGAGCAGCAGUCUUGAUCACGCUGCAGUUCUGAUGGAUGUUCGACCUCGCUCUUGAAAGGUCUUUGCCCUCGCUCUUGAUACAAUACUUGUGCGAUUUUUUUUUAGAAAAGGAGGACGACCCCCGGCCUCUCUGCAUCUGGACGAUGCAUACGGCCAUUUUAUUAAUUAUAUUGGUAUACCUGAGAACUCUUCCUGAUCAGUGCAGUUUGUUCCGUGCGCAUUUUGAUGACCUGACAGCGCAAGUAAUUGUUAUCCGGUGACAUAAUCGUAUAAUUUCAAACAUGGUACAGAUUUAUACAAUGCAGUUUAGUUUC